AUGUCAGCAAAAUUGCCAGAGUUCACAGAUAAGCAGUAUCCUCCUGAAUUGGAAUUGAGGUUAUUGCAAAUUGUUCAUCGUCAUGGUGAAAGAACACCUGUCAGAAGAAGACUAGAAAACUUGUUUCCGCCCGUGUGGAACUUAUGUGAAGCCAAUAAGGCCAUGUUUGCAAGCAUUGCCCAAUUUGAUAAACAAAAGGUCCAAAGCUUAGGCCCUAUCCAUGUCGAACGUCUAGUAGAGAACCAUGGAGCAGAAAAGCCUGGUGCAUGUUACUAUGGACAAUUGACCAAUUUAGGAAGACUUCGAAUGACCGGCUUGGGUCAACGUCUAAGAGAAGUCUAUAUUGACAAAUUGAAAUUUUUACCAGACGUGUUUGAUGAAGACACCGUGUAUGUCAGAAGUACAGACUAUCCUCGUACACAGGAAUCAGUUCAACAGCUCAUUGCCGGUGGACUAUAUCCAAAAGGCAAGCGACCCGAAGAUUUUGUGCUAAAGCUUCGAAUUAGAGAUCCUCGAGAUGAUAAUAUGUUUCCAAAUCCAAACUGUUUUAAGCUACGUGCAUUGGCUAAAGAAUUUACCAAGACAGUAGCUGAUCUGACAAAGGACCAAUGUAAAUCAUUGGCCCAGAAGCUCAAGAACUACGUUCAAGAUGUGUCUCUUUACAGCCAUCCUUCUGCUAACGGAAUUCUCGAUACAUUGGUAUCUGCCAAAGUACACGGAUUUCAAUUACCUGAUAUCGAUGAUGACACACUAUUUGAGUUGGAAAAAGUAGUCGUCAAAGAAUGGUUCUAUGGAGCCACGGUAUCCAAUGAAGUCAGAAGACUCGCCUUGGGCAGACUCAUGGGUGAGAUCCAAGAUCGUAUGGUACGCAAACAAGAAGGAAAAGAUGCAAAGGAUGAAGAAAGAUUGAAGCUGGCUGUUUAUUCUGGUCAUGAUACUACAGUAGCUCCACUCCUUAUUAUACUGAAUGCAUUUGACGAAAGGUGGCCACCUUUUGGUAGUGCAAUCUUAUUUGAGUUAUUCAAAGAGAAGCAAGGUAAAGAACACUAUGUCCGUGUGAGAUAUAAUGAGAAUACGCUUGAAUUACCAGGUUGUGCUGGUAAAGGACAACAUAAAGAAGGCGAUAAGUCACUUUGUACAUUAGAUGCAUUUAGAAAGAUUGUAAAGGAUCAAAUCCCGACUGAUUGGGAAAAAGAGUGUAUUAUAAAAUAA